AGCUAUUGAGCUUUCUCUCUCUCUCUCUCUCCCUCUUUUUCUUUCUCCCUCCCUCCCUCUCUCCCUCCUUCCUUCCCUCCAUCCAGAGCUCCUCCUCUUCCUCCUCCUCCUCUUCUCUUCCCAGCAAAAGAAGCCAGAGCAGCCGGGAGGAAGAAGGGAAGGAGGAAGGGAAGGAAGGAAGGAAGAGGAAGGGCAGAACACCCCUCCCUUUGCACUCUUUCAUUCUCUCUUUUUCAUUCCUUCUCUCCCUUCCCUCCUCCUUUUUCUCCCUUGAUCCCUUCCUUCCUUUUCUCAGCUUGAUUUCUCUCUCUCUCUCCUUUCCCUUGAUCCUUUCCUUCUUUUUCUCCAAUUUAUCUUUCUCCCUUUUCCUUGGAUCCCUUCUUUCCUUCCUUCCUUUUUUUCUGAUUUAUCUCCUUCUCUCCCUUCCCUUGAUCCCUUCUUUCCUUCUUUUUCUCCGAUUUGUCUCUCUUUCUCUCCUUUCCCGUGAUCCUUUCCUCCCUCCCUUCUCUUCCUCCCCUUCCCUUCUCUCUCAUCUUUCCUUCCCUCCUUCCUUUCCAUUCAUUCUUUUCCUUCUCAUCUGUCCUCUCAUUCUUUCUUCAUGCCAUGACCCUUCUCUGUUGCUGCAACCUCUGGCCUUUGCAGGAUGAGGACAACCAAGAAGCUGGGUGACCCCUGACCUUUCACCCUCCAAAACAUGGCUGCCCAGUGACCCUCUGCCCGCCCGCCAUGUCCGACCCAUCGGCCGUCAUCGAGUGGUCAGCCUGCCGCAGCAUCCGCCCCUUCCGCUCAAGCGAGGCCUAUCUGGAGGCCAUGAAGGAGGAUCUGGCUGAGUGGCUCAAUGCCCUCUACGACCUGGAGGUGCGGCCCGAGGGUUUCCUGGAGGCCCUGGAGACUGGCCACGGCCUCUGCCGACACGCCAACCACCUCAACAGGGUGGCUGCCGAGUUCGAGGCACUCCACCCUGAGGUGGCCGCCUCGCUCCGGGUGCCCAGGGCAGAGGUAGUCUUCCAGGCGAGGAAUGUGGCCCCAGGGUCCUUCCUGGCCCGCGACAACAUCUCCAACUUCAUCCGCUGGUGCCGCAAGGAGCUGGGCAUUCCAGAUGUCCUCAUGUUCGAGACUGAGGACCUGGUGCUCAAGAAGAACGAGAAGAACGUGGUGCUCUGUCUCCUGGAGGUUGCGCGGCGGGGCUCCAAGUUUGGAAUGCUGGCCCCAACCCUGGUCCAGAUGGAGGAAGAGAUCGAGAAGGAACAGGAGGAGGCAGAGGAAGAGGAGGAGGCAGAGGAUGAGCACCACCAACGGCAGGAGGAGCCCCUCCCCAGGAGACCCCCGAGGCCCCAACAAAUGGCCCUCGUUCACCUCCGCAACCUCGACGAGCUGGUGCGGGAGAUCCUGGGCCAUUGCAGCUGCCCGUCUCAAUUCCCGAUGGUCAAGGUCUCGGAAGGGAAGUACAAAGUGGGCGACUCCAACGCUCUCAUCUUCGUCCGGGUGCUGCGGAGCCACGUGAUGGUGCGCGUCGGGGGAGGAUGGGAUACACUGGAGCACUACCUGGACAAACACGACCCCUGCCGCUGCAAUGCCUUCGCGCACCGUCUGAACCCGUCGCGGGGCCUUGCUUUCUCCCCACAAAAGAUGGCCACCGCGCCAGGAAGUCCCCAGUCCGGGAGCCCCGUUACGCCGCGAAGGGCCAUCAGAACAACAGGGAAUGAUGGGCCUUGCAGUAAGUCCAGCCCUUUGAAAGGAGCUGCAGCCAAUGGUCAGCAGCGGGACAACAGCAGCCUCAGAUCCUUAAGAGCACGGCGUCUCUCUGGUGACAGUGAUUCCUCAGCUUCCUCCCUCCAGAGUGGGGCCCUUGGGCGCAGGCGCAGCGACGAGGCCAAAAUGGCCGCCAGACGGGUCUCGGAAGGGGCCGUUCUGCAGGUUCGGCCUGGUCCCAAGAGGCAGCCGCUGGACAGCCGAAGCCACUCCAGAGAACGGGGGGCUGUUGUUGCAUCCCGUAAGCCAGAUGCUGAAGAACGUGGCCGGUCUCGGUUGCCCAACGGAGCCCAAAGCCCUCGUCCUCGAGCCCGAAGCCAGGGUCGGUCCAGUGGUGGCCCCGUUUUGCUCAUAAGUCGAGGUAAGGAUGGUCAACACUCAUUGGUCCGAGCCGACGAGCCAAAAGGAGCAUCUGGACGAGCCACUCCUGGGACCAAGAGUCCGGCUGGUUGCAGGAGUCCAGUGCUGACCCAUCGACGGGGCUCUCUCCCAGCGAAUAAAAUGGCUGACUCUGCAACCCGGAGGCAGCGUCAAGGUCCGAAACAGUGCGACAACAUAGGACAAGAAUUGGAGCAACUCACUCGCACUUUCCGGAGUCCGCUCCGCCUUGAUCCGAGCCAGGAGCAACAACUAUAUCGCCGUUUGGAGGAGGAGUUCUUAGCCAACUCGCAAAUGAUGGAGGAGGAAGAGGAAGACGAGCCAGUUGAGUCCCUGAAUCGUCCACGCUUGUUGCAAACAAACACCGCAGACUCCGGCACGGCGGCAGAUUCGGCGUAUUGCUCUUCCAGUUCCUCCUCAUCGUCCCUGAAUUUCUUCUCCAAGUACGGCCUGCAGCCUGAUUCCAAAGACGAGCCCAAGCGGAGGUUGCAGGUGCCGGAUGCUGCAGAUCCCUCAGACGCCUGGGAGAGGAGGAAGCCGGCCUUGUCCAGCUCCUCUGAUGAAAGCAACUCCUACUUGGGCCUCAAUGAACUGGCCGAAGUGGGGGAUGGUUUCUGGCGGGGCAAAGAGAUGGCGACAAUGGCUCUGGAUGGAGAUUUAGGGCCGUCUUCUUCACCGCCUCGUACUAUUGAGGAGGUUGAGGAGGUUGUCGUUCUCCGUCCAAAGUCAUCCCUGAAGAAACCCGAACGCGUGCCUUCCAUCUACAAGCUCAAGCUGCACCCCAUAAUCAGGCCCCGUACUGACUCGCAGCCGGACAAGACACCCUCGAAGAUCCCGACACCCCUCAGCUACAAGGCUGCAAAACCGGCAACAGAGAACACCCCAAAACCAUGGGCUGCCUUCCAUGACAUCUUUUCAGCAGAGCCCGGAGUGGCUGAUGACGAAGGGUCUUGGGCUUGAGGACCAUACAGGCCGCCAUUGUGUCCCAAUGAUGGGGUGAAAGAGACUGCCAUCUUGUCCCAACAAAAAGGGUCCUGAGCUUGAAGACAAAAUGGACGGACAUCUUGUCCCAAUGAUGGGACAACCGUCACGUCCCAACGAAGGGGUCCCGGGAUUAAGGAGGACAAUGGGCCGCCAUCUUGUCCCAAUGAAGGGACAGAACGGGCGGCCGUCUUGUCCCAACAAAGGGUCCUAGGCCUGAGGGCAGAAUGGACUACCAUCUUGUCCCAAAUUCCGCACCUUGAACUAUCUUUUUCCUGCUGCUAUCGCUGCCUUGUUUGCGCAAAAACCCGCUGCUGCUCCGAUACGGAGCUCUUGGGGGGAGGGGGGAGAUGGAAUUAGGGGGUGCCUUCCUUUAAUAUUAUUAUUAUUGUUAUUAUUAAUUUUUGGGGCUGGAGGAUAUGCAUGGCUUCGGCGGUGGCAUGCUUUCAGGGGUAGAGUCCUCAAGCACUGGAGUUUUAAACUGUUUUUUAAGGGUAGUCCGGCACCGCUCCGUUGUGUUGGUUUCAUACUGAUAUAAUGCGGUGCGGAUUUUGGGGUCGACAAUCCACUGUAACCCCUUUUGUUUUGUUAUUUGAUUUGGGUUGACAUGGCUAUCUGUCAUCUGAUCGUGGUUCUGCGCUUCCCAUCCCGUCGAUAUCACAAGCUUUUCGUUGCUCCCAUUAAUAUCAAAUCCCCAUUAGUCCAGAGCGUUUUGGAGAAGUUCAGAUAGUGACUCUUAAUGGUGACUCUUAAGUCUUCCGUAAAGAGAGCUUCAGGGAAGUAUUUUCUUGGGUUUUUUUAGCUAAUAAUUUGGAUGAGACACUCAGUUUUCAGCUAUUUUUUAAGCAAACCAUUCCGAGGAGAGGCUCGCGUUCGUCUUAUUUUUUAGUGGAUCAUUCAAAGGAAAGUCUCGUGUUUCUCGUAUUUUUUAGCGGAUCAUUCAAAUGAGAGGCUCACUUUUCUGCUAUUUUUAAAGCAAAUCAUUCAGAGGAGAGGCUCGCGUUGGCCUUAUAUUUUAGCGGAUCAUUCGGAGGAAAGUUGUUUCUCGUAUUUUUAACGGAUCAUGCGGAAGAGAGGCUCGUAUUUCUUGGCAUAUUCUUGCCGAAGUCUUGCACAUGAAUCUUUUCUCUUCGGCAAGAAACUUCUUCAGGGACCAGGACUGUUUUGCGCCUCCCUUCUCAUCCUAACGUACUGUAGCUUUGUCUUAAUUAAUCUAUGCAUAUUUAUAAUGAGCUCCGCCUCCCGUCCUGACCCUGACGAAUGUAGCGAAAACUGAACCGAAUCCCGGACAGUAAACAUAGAGCAAACGCA